UACUAGAAACAUUUACGCCUCCAAGUACGUGCUGUUUUAUAUGGUCAUGAGUGGUUUUCAUUCCGUAGAAAACCAGAGAAAUAUUUACAUUGAAUCCGCAGCGAUCGGACAGGUGCGUCCACAAACAGACUAAUGCAUUGGUUAGGAACCCCCCCCCCUGGAAAGUGGUAGGUGCCAUUAAGUAAGAUUGCGUAAUACCUGAUCACAAGUCACAUUUUCUGCUGAUCACUGCUCGGAAAACAACAGCUCGGAAAGUGGCACCGCUUGAAGAACUCGGCAUGCACGCCAUGAUGAAGACCCUGACCUUUGCCCUUCUCGUGCUGCAAUGCACCCUGGGAGCCAGGAGGGACGACAACCAAUGGCUGCUCAGCAGGGAGGAAGCUGGAGAUCGGGACAAUGACGACUUUGCCAAGCAGAAUUACCACGAGGACUGUGAGGCCGGAAUCAACAAGCAGGUCAACCUGGAGAUGUCGGCCAGCUACACCUACAGGUCCAUGGCGUCGUACUUUAACCGUGACGACAUUGCGCUGAAGGGCGUUGCCGGGUUUUUCCGUCACCAGGCGGAAGAGGAAAUGGAGCACGCCCGUCUGCUGGAGGAAUACCAGAACAAGCGCGGCGGGAGAGUCGUGUACGAGAACCUCAAGAAACCAGAGAAGGACACGUGGGGCAGCGGUCUGGAGGCCAUGCAGGACGCGUGGGGCGAGUGGGAGAUGUGUGCGUUAUGUGUGUGUGUAUUAACAUUUAUGCAGGACUUCCUGGACGAGCACUUCCUGCGUGAGCAGGUGGAGUCCAUUAAGCAGAUCGCGGACUACAUCGCCAACCUGAAGCGCGUCGGGCCGGGCCUGGGCGAGUACAUGUUCGACCAGCACACUCUGAAGGGCGGCAAGUAGGGCAGGCACAACCCGCACCGCGACACCCGAGACAGCGGCAGUAGUAAGCCAGGCACAACUCGGACCGCGACACCCUCCGCUCACACAGCGCAAUAGCCACUUUACGCAGCAUCAAGUACAAUCAAUCAAUCAAUCAAUCAAUCAUCCGCGGGCUCAGUACAAGUACAGUGAACGUUAAAUCAGGACUCUAAUCUAAACCCGCCGGUAUUAUCUUAAAUAUCCGUUUUAAAUGCUUUACCAAUAACAACACUACAACAGGAGUCUGGGCAUUACAACACCCGUGAUACUAUUAGCAUCUCAUUCAAAUGACAUCAAAUUACACACCAGGCAAGUUACAUCUGAACCCCUCCAACUGUUCAUGUAGCCAUGCACGUGGUAUAUAAUCUACACGCCAUUACAGCAUGUAACACGUGAAGUGUGCAAUAUACGAUUCUACAAAGUAACUGAAUGCUUUGCAGAAGCCUUCUGUUUCAAUUAAUGUGCAGAAAAAUUCACUUAACACUUUAAUGUAAGGCUCCAGAUAUUCAAGCUACUUAAAAUCAAAUGUCUUAGAUCUUCAACUGAUGACAUUAAAAGUACUUGCCAAUAU